CCGCAGCCGCUCGGGGCGGAGAGGCGGCUCUGGAGGCUGCUCCGCCAGCAGCCGGGCGGGCAGCGGUGCCCAUGGCAUGUCUGAUGGCGGCUUUCUCCCUGGGCAGCGCUUUGGGUGGCAGCAGCUCUGGUUGCACCAUGGCCGAGCCAAAGUCUGUGUGUGUCUCGGUGGACGAGGUGGUCUCCAAUGGCACAGACCCCCAGGACAUCCGGCUCAUGAAUGGACACUUAAAAAAAGUGGACAAUGCUCUGACAGAAGCUCACAGGUUCUCCUACCUGCCCCGCAGGCCAGCUGUGAACAUUGAGUUUAAAGAACUGUCCUACUCUGUCCAGGAAGGGCCAUGGUGGAGAAAGAAAGGCUAUAAGACCCUUUUGAAAGGAAUUUCAGGGAAGUUCAGCAGUGGAGAACUCGUUGCAAUUAUGGGACCUUCAGGAGCUGGGAAGUCAACGCUUAUGAAUAUUCUGGCAGGAUACAGAGAGACGGGAAUGAAAGGAGAAAUCCUCAUUAACGGGCAGCCCCGCGACCUGCGCUGCUUCCGCAAGGUCUCCUGCUACAUCAUGCAGGAUGACAUGCUCCUUCCUCACCUCACUGUGCAGGAGGCUAUGAUGGUAUCUGCUCAUCUGAAACUUCAAGAGAAAGAUGAAGGGAGGAGAGAAAUGGUGAAGGAAAUCCUGACAGCCCUCGGUUUGCUGGCGUGUGCCAACACGAGGACUGGGAGUCUCUCUGGAGGGCAGAGGAAACGUCUUGCCAUUGCUUUGGAGCUGGUGAACAACCCUCCUGUCAUGUUCUUUGAUGAACCAACCAGUGGCUUGGAUAGUGCAUCAUGUUUCCAGGUGGUCUCUCUGAUGAAGGCUCUGGCCCAGGGUGGCAGGUCCAUCAUCUGCACCAUUCACCAGCCCAGUGCAAAACUGUUUGAGCUCUUUGACCAGCUCUAUGUUCUAAGUCAAGGUCAGUGCAUUUACCGUGGGAAGGUAACAAACCUUGUCCCUUACUUGAGAGAUUUGGGCUUGAAUUGUCCAACCUACCACAACCCAGCAGAUUUUGUGAUGGAGGUGGCCUCUGGAGAGUACGGGGACCAGAACAGCCGCCUGGUCAGGGCGGUCAGGGAGAGGAUUUGUGACACAGACUACAAGAGAGACGUGGCUGGGGACAACGAGCUGAACCCCUUCCUGUGGCACCGGCCCUCUGAAGAGGACUCCUCAUCCACAGAAGGCUGCCACAGCUUCUCUGCCAGCUGCCUAACCCAGUUCUGCAUCCUCUUCAAAAGAACUUUCCUCACCAUCAUGAGGGACUCGGUCCUGACACACUUGAGGAUCACCUCACACAUUGGCAUUGGGCUGCUCAUCGGAUUGCUCUACUUGGGCAUUGGCAAUGAAGCCAAGAAAGUCCUCAGCAACUCGGGAUUCCUCUUUUUUUCCAUGCUGUUCCUCAUGUUUGCUGCGCUCAUGCCGACUGUCCUCACCUUCCCCCUUGAGAUGGGAGUGUUUCUCAGAGAGCAUCUGAACUACUGGUACAGCCUGAAAGCCUAUUACCUCGCCAAAACCAUGGCUGAUGUUCCUUUUCAGAUCAUGUUCCCUGUGGCUUACUGCAGCAUCGUGUACUGGAUGACUUCCCAGCCCUCGGACGCGCUGCGCUUCGUCCUCUUCGCAGCCUUGGGGACCAUGACAUCCCUGGUGGCUCAGUCCCUGGGCCUGCUCAUAGGGGCAGCCUCCACAUCCCUCCAGGUGGCAACUUUUGUGGGCCCAGUUACUGCCAUCCCAGUCCUUCUGUUCUCUGGGUUUUUUGUCAGCUUUGAUACCAUCCCAACAUACCUCCAGUGGAUGUCCUACAUUUCCUAUGUCAGAUACGGGUUCGAAGGAGUCAUCCUCUCCAUCUAUGGACUGGAUCGAGAAGAUCUGCAUUGUGACAAAGAUGACACCUGCCAUUUUCAAAAAUCAGAGGCCAUCCUGAAAGAACUGGAUGUAGAAAAUGCCAAACUUUACCUGGACUUCAUUGUCCUUGGGAUUUUCUUCUUCUCUCUGCGCCUGAUUGCCUAUUUUGUCCUCAGAUACAAAAUCCGAGCGGAGAGGUAAAGGAAAAGCAGCUGAACCAAUGCAGUAGGAGAACUUUAGACAUGCAAUAGAGGGCACUUGACAUUGUCUCACUGUGGCAGGCUGGUCCCCAGUGCCCAGCCUGUGCUGUCCUGACCGAGCCCAUGGAGCCACAAUGGGAUAGUGGACAUACAGUGUUAAACCAGUCAGUCCAGUUGGGUUGGGUCAUGUUUCCAUUACACUUUCUAGCUUUAACUAGGAAGAACUAGAAGGGAAUUUUGCACCACAGAAUAUCAAUACCGAGGCAGUGUAACUGUAAAAGAAACCUGGCUGCAGGAGCUUUCCUUAUGAAAACCAGUUCUGGGAUAAGGUCACCAGGAUGCCAGUCCUGGUGGUCAGAAUAGUGUAAUGUCAUCUCUAGACAAGGUAGUGAGAUGCAAAACGAGGAAUGCAAAGAAAAUAGGAUUCUCUCAUCUUUUUAAAUUUCAUCUUUGCAGUUUUCUAUGUAUUAUUUUGCAAUUCUUUUCCACAGAGUUACCCCUUCUGGCUAAAAGUCUGUAAAUGUAUUAAUAAGGUAAAGAUAUCUUUUUAAUAUGGAUACUUUUUUAAAAAGAAACCUAAAGUGAUUCAAGUAAUUAUUUUUGUUUCUGUCUGAAUUUAGAAUUCUGGUGCUUUACUUGUCGAGCUGGUCUCAUAUCUGAAAACUGUAAUGACAAGAGGAAAAGGCAGAUUCUGAAUCUGCACUAAACCUGUGGUCCCAUUGGGAAGCAGCACUGGAUAGCACAUGCAGUUAGACAUGGUCAAGCUGCCACUGAAUGGUUGAAAAAAUAUUCCUUUGCAGUGUCUUUAAAUCCUUAGUAUUUGUGAUAUUUUGGGAUACUAGCUCUGUUCAUUAUCUGUUUGAUCUACCUCCUGCAACUGAAAAUAAUCAAAGCACUCCAAGGCUCAUUUUUAAUUAGAUUGUGAAAGCAGGAUCUGUCCCUAAAGUGAUUGUUAAAGGAGUGCAAGGGUUGUCCACAGAUCAAAGCUUGGGCCACUGUGUUAAAACACCAGUGACUGCCUCAUCCAGAGGUGUUCAUUAAUCUGCAACUCUGUGCAGGGCUCUCCAAAAAAUGCACAGAUGACCUUGUAACACUGCAGGUCUAAUCAUGCCAGGCAGUUUUGUUCUCAUCCCUAAGUUUACAUGCACAACAUGCGAAUCAUUUGAUGUGAACAUCAGUGAAACUGUUAUUUUGGGUAUCUCACCUCUGUAAAUUUGGCAGGGGGAAUUCUGUUUCCAAGCUGAUGGGAAUUUUGUCACCUAUUUUCAUGGGUUUGGAUUUUUAACCCAAAAUGAAUCCUCCAUACUCACAUUGGGCAAACUCUGGUGCAAACUGCAUGGCCUUCUGCCAUGACUGUGAAUUUAUCUUGGUGUCCCAGACCCCUGGGUGAGGCCUGCACAUUCUGUAAAUUCAUUAUUCCCAUCAGGAUGCUGAAGCCUUGCAGGUUGGAGGCAGCUCAAUGUCAGCAAACCCCUGAGGAGCCCAACAGCUCAUGGCAGCAGGGUAGAUAAGAGGGACCUGGUGCAUCUUCUGACCCCCAGCAGUCAAAAAUUCACAAACUUUUCCAAGACUCCAUGGCUGUGUCUAUCCUAGGGAAAUAAAUAGUGCCAGGGCCAGCUCUGUGGCUAAGAGGAAUGGCCCCUGUACUGACUUUUACACCACCCAAACACUGUCUGGAAAAGCUCUGGCUGUGCUGGGCUGCAGCUCUGCCAUUUAGCAGGGAAGAAAAUUGUUUCCCAGUUUUCCUGGCCCAUGCCCAGCUCUGUUUAAUUUACCAAUGCAGACACAGACUGUGUGUAUCUGUUAAACUCAGGACAUCUGAACUAAGCCUGUGGUCUGGAAGGCUUUGAAUCAAGUCACAUAUUUUAGGAAGGCCAGCUGAACUUUCCCUGAAAGUAAGGUUUACCUGUGAAAGCAAAAUCAAUCUUUACUAUAGAAGGAAAAACCAAAUUCCUUGCACAGCCUGUUUGCAUAAUUUUUGUUGCUGUUUUUCCUCAAAAAGCUUUUGUACAGCUCUGCAGCUUUUCCAGGCAUAAUCACGAGCAUGUAUGAACCUGUAUGGCUGUCAGAUUUGAGAAAUUAAGAAUUUGAGCUAUUCUAAAUAAUACUCAGAGCUGUGAACAGUUUUUAAACAAGGCACAAGAUGAAAUCCCUUUAACACAACGUGCCUUGAUUAUUUCAAGACUCUCAAAGUAAUUGUGAAUAUUACAGGCAUUUCAAACACUUUUUGCAAGCAGACAAAGGACUACAUUUGCCAAAUCACUCUUGGGUUGCAGACUUCUGGUCCAUGCUGAGGUCCAAGAGUGUGACAUCCCUGGCAUUAAAUACCUUCAGGGUUCAUGUUCUGUGUUUACCACCACCAUUUACCAAAUACCACCCUGACAAUCCCUUGCAGUGUUCCAGAUGAGCUUUGCUGGCAUUUCCACAUUGGUGUCUUGCAGGAUGCUGUUCUCUCCCAUCUAGACCAGUUUAGCUGUAUGAAUUCCUUGGAUUUCUUGUUAUCUCUGUCUGUUCCUCUGCUUUUAGACUGUCUAAUUUUAUGUUUUUAGCCUCCAGCAUGUCCUCCUGUACUGUAAGUUUGUAUUGUGCUAUGGUAGCCAAAAAUCUGGUCCUCCACAGGUGUUCCUGAGAAAAUUCCUGCUCUGGGAAUGUUUUUUGUCACUCUUUUUUUUUUGUUAGAUACAGCCCUUUUUCCAGCUGGCAGCAUUUAGCUGGAAGUUACUAUUCUAAGGAAUGCUUUCAGACUGUAGUAUGCCAGUAAAGAAUUAAUUCUCUGGAAACUCAGUGAUACACAUAGAUAAGAUAAUUUUUCCCCUCUCUAGCUCACAAAUUAACUAAUGAUCUCUCUUUUGUCACUGCUGUGGGACAGAAGCGUUUAAAAUCCAUCCCAAUUAAGCUUUCAUCUACUGCAAAGAUUUUUAACAUAGUCUCAGGUUGGCUUUUUUCCUCUUUACAUGGAGAUAAAUUCUAACAGGCUGGUAUAAAACACAUUCCCAGGUUAAUGAGCAUGCAGGUGCUGUUGUGUUGAGCAGCACUUUGUGAAGCUCUGGAGGCUUCACUUGGAAGAAUAAUAAGGCCAGCAAGAUUCUGAAGGCUUCAAAUCCUCAAUUUUCAAAUCCCCAGUUUUGUAGCCAUAUAUAAAGAGCCAUAAACUCUUUGAAAUCAAUGCCACUACUACCAUUUGAACCAGUCACAGCCUGGCUAAAAGUUGUGUAAGAGGCUAAAGGUUUCUAAAAGUCACUUGAAAAAUGAAUGUAUAAUUUUUGUUGGGAUUGCAGGAAGACUUUAGUGUCCUGUUGGCCUCCUUGUUCUAUUUUCACUUGUUUUGAGAUGUUGCUUUGGUUACUGUGUGCAUUAGUGAAGACUUUAGGUCCCUUCAUACUUCUUUUGUUGUUUUUCUUUGUGGAAACUUGCAUAUAGUCUGAAAAACCCUGAAGGUUUUUUAAAAAUAACUUGAAGCAUUAUUAUUUACAAUUAAAUAAAAUUUGGAAAGCAGACUACUCUUAAGAAAUGGAGAAGAUUCCAUUGUUGCAGGUCAAAGGGAGUGGAAGAAGACUGGUGCUGAAAUCCUCUUCAGGUCUUAGAAUUUAGAGCACAAAGUACCCGUUUUCAUUAACAAAGAGGAAUAUGUGCACAUGUAACAGGGAGAGCUGGUUAUGUAAGUGGGAGAUAAUGAACUUGAGCCCAAGAACUGGAUGUCUCAGGUGAUUGACAGCUCGAUCCACACUUUUGUGUCAAACUCUGUGUUCUCAGCAGAAAGGAAUGUUUUAUUAAACACUUGUUCCUGCAAGGAAGUGUGGUACAUACUGACCUGUGCCAGCCCAGUGAUCCUCACAGAGAAGAUCCUGCCUGACCUGUUUCCACAGUGCUGGGUGGAUUUGGGGAUUCUGAGAAUCAGGGGGAGAGCCAACAAAGCAGAUACCCUGUUACAGACCACCAGGAUGAGGAGGCAGAUUAAAUGUUCCAUGGGAAGCCUUGUGAUCCAUGCCCCUUGUUCCUUCAACGUGCCAGAUGUCUGCUGGAAAUACAGCACAGCAGAGAGGAAACUGCAAGAGGUCCAAGCAGUGGUGAUGUCCCUCUGGACCUGUUUGUGAGCAGAGAAGGGCUGGUGGGUGAUGUGAUAGCUGGAGAUCCUCUGGGGAACACAGUGAACACGGAAUGAGAAGAUUUGGUUCUUGGGGAGAUGGAGGGGUGGCGGCAGAAUUCCACCCUGGACUUCUGGAGGGCAGACUGUGCUUGGGAGCUGGAUUGGCAGAGUCCCUUGGGAGACAGCCCUGAAGGCACAGAGAUUCCUGAGGAAAUCCUAAAGGCACAGCAGGAGCAGGCCAUCCAUCCCCUGUGCCAAAGGAUGAGCCAGAGGGGGAGAAGGACUGGCCUGGAGAGAUUUGGCUGGAACUCAGGGAACAAAACAGGGUGUAGGAAAAAAACCUUUGGAAGAAGGGACAGGCAAACCAGCAGGACAUCAAGGAUGUUGUGAGAUUAUCCAAGGAGAAAUUAGAAGGGCCAAAGCCCAGCUAGAACUUAAUCUGGCUAGUGUUGUAAAAUUUAAAAAACAUUUCUGUAAAUGCAGCACUAAGGAGAUCUCCAUCCUUCAUUGGAUGCCAUCCUUUAUUUCCCACCAGAACAGCCCCACAGGGUGCAAUUGCUCAGGAAUUUCUGUGUGGAAAUCCAUUUAUAAAGUAUGAUCAUGUGAAAAGCUGUUGGGAACUAGAAGUAGGCAGAAAAUGACACCGUGUCAUGUCCUCUGUGACAGCUUGUGACAGGCUGAUCACUGCAGUGGUGAGUGCAGAAAUUAAGUGCUGAGUGCCACUGGAGUUAAUCAGGAGCUCUGCCAUUAGUGAACAGGGGCAGUGGCAUUUUCAGGGAUGGGCUCCUACUGCCCUCCUCUAAAAUACCUUAACACACAAAGGGGUUGUUGUGGUGUGUCCCACUGAGUGGUUUUUAUCAGCCCACAUACCACUCUCCAUAUUACAUGUCUAAAAGUUUCAGGUUGAGCCUGCAAACAUAGCAAGUUUCAUUUUAAUUCUGUUUAAUGCUUUAUUUCUGUUUCUGUACGCAUUUCAGGCAGAGUUUCUGAAGGAGUAAUUGUACCGUAGGGCACAAAACUUAGCUCCAGUCUUUUUGUUAUUUUGAAAUCUUACAACAGGUGAUCAUUUUAUGUAGUUGUCAGCUGUAGAAUCUUUCUGUAAGAGAUUUAGGUUUCUGUUACCAGCACUGUAGAGCAAAGGGUGGCCAGUCAGGAUGUGUCUCCUUUGGCACAAAACAUGGCCAUGGCCCAGCCUGCAUUCUCUGCACUGGUUGUACCUUCAGGACACAUCCACCUUUUGCUGUUUUUUUGGUUCUGUUGUGUUGUUUGUUUUUUUUUCCCUGGGAGUUUCCAUGCAGCUGAGCCCAUGCCUACCAAUUGCUUGUGUCCCUUUUUUCUGGAUAUUCAUGGCUGCUGUCCAGGUGGGGUGUGAAAAUGAGCUGCUUGGGAAGAGUGCAGGAUGGUCAAAUGUGAAGGAUUGACUUUGAGACUUCCUCGAGCUACCAAAACCCCAAUGUGCUGGGUCUCUGGGUUUACUCUUUCAAGAAGAAAACAAAAUUCAAAAAUGUCUUUUUAAGCAGAUUGCAAGGCAACAUGAAAGCUUCUACUUUCAAAGGUUGAUGGGGUUUUCUACUUCAGUGGCAUCUGUGAUGUCUUUUUUUCUGACCCCAUUGUAGCUUAUUUUAAUGGCCCAUUUAGGGUAAUCAUUGUACAAACUCCUUUCUGUUACUUCCAGAAACCAGCUGUCUUGGCCUCAAUGAUAAUUAUACCAACCUUUACAAAUGUGAAUUAGUUGAUCAUUUAAAAAAAAAAAAAAGGAAAAAUUCUCUUAAACUAUGGCAAAAGAAAAUUAAAUUUGAGAUGAUUACACUGAUAUAUCUUAAAAGAAGAAGAUAACAAGUCCUGCAGUGGAGCCAAGCCUUUACCUGUGUCAGUAAAGAUUUAUCAAAUACCUUAUCUGAGUCAGUUGACCUUAUUGUGAGAUUCUGCCCUUGAACCUGUUACUGAAUUAUUUAACAUUUGGUUCUUUUGUUUUUCAAAGCAAGAGUCAAUGCAAGGUAUGAUUUUAAAUCAGCGUGCUGAAGUGUGCAUAUUCUGAAUAUCUAAUAUGUCAUUGUUGUCUCUUGUUCCUGUAAUGCAUUUGCAUUACUAUGAAUCAAUUUUAUUCUGCUUCUCUAGAGACUCUCGCUGCCUGCACGCUGUGAUAUAUUUGCACUGUUGUAGAUAUAUAUAUACAUACAAUGUAAUUAUAUUAUACAAACCAUGUCUUUUUCAGGUUGCUUGUUACCUUUGUAGUUGAUGCUUCCUGGUACAGUGGACCUGAGUAAAAAUGUGGGAUGUGGGGCAUUCUGAUGAUAUAUUACAGUGAUAGAGAAAUCUUUGUAUAUUUCUGUAUACUUAAUACCUGUAAGAAGAGAUUUGUAUGUGCAUUAUUUUCCAAACUUAGGGCUUUGUUUUCUGAGACUAGAGAACAUUUAUGAUAAUGUAACACACACACACAAGAGAAAAAAAAAAUCAAAUAAAGUGUUAUUAUUUUCAGACAGA